AUGCAGGAGAUCUACGGGAGGGCUCACAACUUCACCUGCAGAUCCACACUAUGCAAAGGCAGCCCAGGUGUGGAGACUGGAGAUUAUUCAGUAGCCCCUUUUGGGGAGGCAAAAGAUGGAGAGGCCCAGCCGGAGCCUCUUCCGCUUCCCGGCGCUUCCCGAGCCUUGCCAGGCAGCUCCAGACUGACUGAGAAGAGGGAGAAGCGAAGCGAAGCCAGUCUGUCAUUAGCUGUCUGGCGCUGCCUCCCUCCGGGCACCGGCUGGCCCCGGAUCUGCCCGGCCGGGCUCUCCUCUGGCCGGGCUGGGUGCCCCGCCUGGCAACGCCACCUUCGCCAUUCGUUCCCGAGCCUGUGCAUCCGGCAGCGUGGGAUGGGCCAUGCCUCCUCCGCGCAAUUUCCUUCGGAAAAAGGUGGGAAGCCGCCCUUGUCUGUCUGUUCUUUCAAAAGGUCCCCACUAGCCUCUGGAGGGGGGCUCCCCCCCCCCCCACCCCGUGCAGCGCCGCCUGGGCAGAAGCAGAAGCAGCCGCUCUCUAGGAGCGGGGCAGGCGGGGCGGGGCAUUCUCGGGGAUCCCGCUGCUGCCGCCCCAGCCGAGGGGCGAAGCUCUCUGGCUGCCGAAAGGCGACCCUGACCGAGAGGGGGAAGCGAAACAGGCAGCCCGAUCACCUCGGGCAGCCCUCGGCCGGAGCCCCCGGGACCCUCGGCGGGCAAAGGCGGGCGCAGCAACUCGGUCCAGCUGCAGCGAGAGAUCGCCCGCCCCCUCGGGCUGCAGUAGAGGGACUGCGAGAGACGGCCCGCCCUCGGGGACUGGAAGACCCCUCCUCUACUCCAGGCCGAGGGGCGGCGGCGGGGGGGCGGCUCGGCGCGUGGCCAGCGCUGCUCCAGGCCCUCCCCCCCCCCAUCGCCAACCUGGUGCCCUCCAGAUGUGCGGGGCUUCGGGUCCAGCCCGCCGGAGCGGUCCGUCUGGGUACGGUGGGAAAGCUUCAAGGGCAGGAAAGGUCUUUCUUGUGGGAUCUUGUCGUGGGAUCCUGGAGGUUUUGUGGCCUUUGGGGGACCCUCCGAGACAUCUGGAGGCCCUCUGUGAAAGUGAUUGUGGGGGGGAGCAUCCGAGGGGUUUCCUGUUAG